AUGGAGGCUCACGGCACCGUGAAUGAAGACUACAAUCUUCAGCAACCCGUUGUUUCCACUGCGGGUUUGCGACAAGGGCUGACCUCCUAUGGAGAUGCCCACUUUUCACUCUUCUUGCGCAAGGUGUUUAUCAAGGCCCUGGGAUAUUCGGAAGAUGCCCUCUCCCGUCCAAUUAUUGGCAUCAUAAAUACUGGCUCCGGCUUCAAUCCCUGUCAUGGAAACACGCCACAGCUAAUUGAAGCCGCCAAACGAGGGAUCCAUCUAAAGGGUGGCAUCGCCAUCGACUUUCCCACCAUCAGUUUGCACGAGUCGUUUUCACAUCCGACGAGCAUGUUUCUCCGCAAUUUGAUGAGCAUGGACACCGAAGAGAUGAUUCGUGCGCAGCCCGUUGAUGCGUGCAUUAUGAUCGGAGGUUGCGACAAGACAGUUCCCGCCCAGAUUAUGGGAGGUAUCUCCGCCAACAAGCCAGUGCUGCCUCUCUUGACCGGGCCUAUGAUGCCCGGAAGUCACCGAGGACAGCGGAUUGGCGCAUGCACUGAUUGCAGAAACAAUUGGGCAUCAUACCGUGCCGGCACUAUUGACAUGGAAGAGAUUGCGGCUGUCAAUGAAGAACUGGCACCAACGAUUGGCACCUGCGGUGUGAUGGGUACUGCCAGCACUAUGGCUUGCAUCACGGCCGCGCUAGGCUUGAUUCCCCUCCAGGGAGCCUCUGCCCCUGCCGUGUCUGCGGCGAGGCUUCGCAUCGCAGAGCAAACAGGUGCUAAUGCGGUGGCUGCGGCGGAAUGUCGACGGUCGCCGCAGACAGUUCUCUCGGCUGACUCGUUCUAUAACGCCGCAGUUGUGCUCCAAGCCAUCGGAGGCUCCACAAACGCCAUGGUCCACCUGAUGGCGAUAAUCAACCGGCAUCCCGACAUUAGUGGGUCUAUAACUCUCCAAAUGUUGGACGAGAUCGGCCGUACCACUCCGCUUCUUGUCGACUUGAAGCCGAGCGGGGACAACUAUAUGACCGAUUUUCACAACGCUGGGGGCAUGCUGUGCCUUCUGCAUCGUCUACGACCGCUCCUUCGCCUUUCAGCAAAGACCAUCACGGGGGAAACCCUGGGGGACGUAUUGGAUCGCAGCCCUUUCCGGGACUUUGAGUACUCUCGGACUAUUAUCCGUACAUUGUCCAACCCGUUGCACCCUUGCUCGUCCUUAGUGGUUGUUGAGGGCAACAUCGCACCACACGGGGCCGUGAUCAAAGCGUCCGCAUCUAAAGACAAGCGUCUUCUCCACCAUACAGGGCCUGCAGUCGUUUUUGAGAAUCCUCGCGAUCUUUCCCUACGUCUUGAUAGUCCGGAACUCGACGUGACAGCCGACUCGGUACUGGUGCUGAAAGGCAUCGGUCCAAUCGGAAACCCUGGAAUGCCUGAGGCGGGGAUGAUUCCUAUCCCACGUAAGCUAGCGGCCCAGGGAGUGACAGAUAUGCUUCGGAUUUCAGACGGCCGGAUGUCAGGGACAGCGGGAGGGACGAUUGUUCUACAUGUCUCGCCCGAAUCCGCGGUUCCAGACUCACCCUUUGGUGUUAUUGAGACCGGCGAUACGAUCGUGUGUGAUGUUGAAAAUCGCGCUAUUCGUUUGGAGAUCUCCGACGAAGAGCUGCAGAACCGGAUUGCACAGCGCCGGCGAUUAAUGUCGGAGGAUGAGUCUUCGACCUGGAACGAGAGGCGGACUAGGCGAGGAUAUCGGGGUCUCUACGAGCGGGAGGUCAACCAGGCACAUGAAGGCGCAGAUUUCAAUUUCCUUACUGCAAAAGGCCCGAAUGGCCAAUAG